CGCGCAGGACCCGCCGCUGCUGCGGGGCAUCUUCGAGGUGGGGAAGAAGAGCUGCGACGUGGUGCUGAGCGCCGGGCGGCUGCGCUGGAGCCCCAUCCAGCCCGAGCGCCCCACCGGACUGCUUCAUUCAGUACAUAGGAGGGGGGCUGUUGUGGAGUUGAUCAGAUUUUCAGAGUUAGAGGCUCUUCCAGAAAGAGAUCCUGGAUUUUACAAAGCAGGUGUGUAGUUACUACAACUUGUGCUCCAGAGAUGGCUACAGCACCUGCUCCUAGCCUCCCCUCACCUCCUGCCUCCUUCUGUGCUCCAGGAACAGCAGGCCGGUUCUUAAGUCCUUAAAAAGGUGACUCCAAUACAGUCUUACAGUGUAAAGAAGAAUUCAUUGAAAUGAAAGAUGUUUUUUCUGUAAAACUGAAACGUCGUCGUUUUGUAGGACAGAAAAAAGGUGGCACGUUAUUAGGUAUCACACUUUUUGUAUGCCUGAAAAAAGAAGACAAUAAGCUCAAGGAUUCUACUGUCAAUUUUAAUAAUUUAAGUGAAGACCAUUGCCAUGAAUGGUUUAGAUGUCUGAAAGAAAUUCUGAAUGGCUUUCAGAAUAGACCCAAAUCCCUGAAAGUGUUUGUUAACCCAAACAGCCAUGAAAGAGAAGCUCCUCAUAUUUAUUAUGAACAAGUUGCACCUCUCUUUAAGCUUGCUGACAUCCAAACUGACGUCACAGUAACUGAAUACAAAGGACAUGCUCUCUCAGUACUUAAAGAAUGUGAACUCCAGGCAUUUGAUGGGGUAGUUUGUGUUGGUGGAGAUGGAUCCAUCAGUGAGGUAGCCCAUGGUCUACUACUAAAAGCUCAGAUGGAUGCUGGGAAAGAGACAGAUUACAUCCUUACCCCUGUCAGAGCACCAGUUCCUUUUGGCAUAAUACCAGCAGGUUCCACUAAUGUUUUGGCAUAUACUCUUCAUGGAGUCAAGCACACAGUAACUGCAACACUGCAUGUUAUAAUGGGACAUAUUCAACCAGUGGACAUCUGCACAUUCAGUAGUCCAAGCAAGCUUCUUCGUUUUGGGUUUUCAGCCAUGUUUGCCUUUGGUGCAAGGACUCUAGCAUUGGCUGAAAAACAUCGUUGGAUGCCCCCCAACCAGCGGAAAGAUUUUGCUGUAAUCAGAACCCUAGCAAGUCUUAAGCCAGAGGAGUGUGAGUUAUCAUUUCUACCUCUGAACAAUCCACAGCAGUGCUUUCAGGAGAAUGAUAGAAUGAAGAAAGACGGAAUUAAAAAAUCUGACAGCAAGGAUCAGUGGCACAAAAUUGAGGGUCACUUCUUGAACGUGAGCAUUAUGGCAAUCCCCUGUCUAUGUGCAAUGGCACCAAGAGGCUUGGCACCUAAUACCAGGUUGAAUAAUGGAAGCCUGGCUCUUAUUGUUGUACGAAACACUUCUCGGGCAGACUUUAUAAAACAUCUAAAAAGAUAUGCCAGUGUAAAAAAUCAGUUUAAUUUCCCCUUUGUUGAGACCUACACUGCUCAGGAAGUGAAAAUCCAGCCAACACUUAAGAAUGGAUUUGAAACUGAAGACAACGUGCCUGAAGGAGGAAAUUACCCUUGGAAUAUAGAUGGAGAUUUAAUGGAAGGAGCAUUAGAGGUUCAUGUUCGGGUUCAUCCUCAGCUUAUUAACCUUUAUGGAGUGAGUAUCGAUGACCUAGAUGAUUCCAAAGCAACAUGCGGUUGUCUGUAGAAGAAAAGUAGUAUUCUUAUGCUGCAGUUUCUGCAUAAAGGAAUCAUGUUCUAAUAUACAGAAUAAUUUUGGGGACGUAGACCUUCACUUACUGAAUUGUUGGGUGCAGGAUCAGUGUCUUAAUUAGAACAUUGUUAAUAAUUAAUAUUAUAUAUGAGUUUUGCUUAUAUGAAGGUGUUUAAUACAUUAAAUUGUAUAUUAUUAAUGUAAAAUAACAUUUAUUUUAAAUUUUACAAACUGAAAAUUAAUAGUCAGUAUAUUUUUGUAUACUUUAUAUAUGUGUUUUUUUUAAUGUGAUUAUCAGAAUUCCUGUAAAAAUUAAAGCUGUUAAACGAAAAAUAUUGCAGUGAUUAAAUAGGGCAGUUAAUCAUUGCAGGUUUCCAGUUUACUUUGCAGCCGGAUCGCACCACAUUUGUUUGAGUUCAGAAGCAAUUCAUAUUAGAAAUAAUCUUGUUCAAAUCAGUAGAACUAGUGAUUGAGUAAAAUGCUACUUGCUCUCUAGCAGGGUGGUAUAUUCUGGAUUUUUAUGAUGCACUAUAAUUUUCAGAUAAUCUGUGAUUUGUAAAUGAGAUGAUGUAAAAAUGUUGUUGCUAUCAGCAUAUUUUUCAUUGGGAAACAAAAAGGCAUAUGCUGAUGCCAUAAACUAAUUAACUAUAUACAAAUAGUAUAAAAAGGAAUGAAGGCUACAAUCUAAUCUCUUUGUAAGAGCACAUUCAAAGUUUAUCAGGUUUGGGGUGUACUCCAUAUAAUGCAUUAUUUUUGGUGGAAUAAGGCUUCUAACUAGAUUUUUAAUAUUAUUUUCAGUGUGCAUAAACUUUGUCUGCUUCUGUACAGGGUAACAAUAAAUUAAAUGAUAAACACUAAUAUUUUGCGAGACAGAGACAAAUUAGGAUUCCUGUUUUUAGGGGAACUGACCUUUCAUGUACCCUGGCUAUGUCUGAAAGAUUUGCCCCUCUGCUUUUCUGCAGGAGGACUAUAAUAUUGGAUAUUGGCAUUAUUCAUUACUCAUUAUUAAAAAAAAAUUAGGUAACUUGACUGUUGGAUUACUACAGAACAUUAUGCUGCAUCACCUCAUGACUAAAACACAUGCUUCUAUCUAUUUGUCCCUAAAGUCUUGAUUUUAAAGCAAGAGUUAAUUACUGGCAGUUUAAGUUGUGCAUGGUUCUUUGUUGAAUCAGGAUGGAUUUAAAUGGAAUUACUGAGGAUUUACGAACCGAGAACAAAUUUAUUGAUAUUUAAAUAUACAUUAAAUUUUAUCCCAUAAAGCCAUUUGUUAUCAGAAAUUUGCUAAUUUCUUUCUUUAAAUCCUAUAUUUCAUAAGUACUGCAGUACUAGCAAAUUAAUGUAGAUAAGUAUGUCUCUUGAAAAUGACAAGGAACAGGUUAGUGUCUGUUUCUGUCCUUACUCAUAUGUCACUCACAUUAAGUUUACUUGGAACAGCAGGAAAGGCAUUUGUGGACAGGACUUCUCCUAAAGAAGUUGCCAGAUAGCUUGCAGUAUAGGCAAUUACAAGUAGAGACUAUGGUCAAAGUUCUGCUUUCCAUUUACACUAGCAUAAAUUCAAAGUAACUCUAUACCCUUCAAAAGAACUACUUUAGAUAUGUGCCAUUACAAAUGAAAACAAUUGAGUACUAUAAGUUAACUCCUUAAAACGCAGUACUGGAUUUAGCCAAUACAAAUUACAUUUGAUUGUCUAAUAAAGAGUACAACUAAAUGUAACAGCACAGAUUCAGCUGCAGUUUAUUACAUGACUGUAAAUUAUUGUCAGCAAAAUAAUUAAUCGAGAGAAGAUUCACUGUAUAUUAGUUUAUUUUUUAAAAUAAAAAAGUACAUCAUUGUAAACCAUGAUAUCAGGCAUUUUACAUCUUAAUAUUUUGUUUGUUCAAUUCAUGAAUUUUGCUUGUAUGUCAGAAAUAUCCAACUGUGAAGGGACAGUGGGAAGUAACAAAAGACUUGUGUCAGGAGAAAAGUCCGGGGAAAGAACAGGAGGAGAACGGAGGUUCUGGAGCAGCUGCUCUGUGAUGCUGGGGUGAGCUGCGGGAGAGAGGGGCGGGGCCAGAGAGAACCGGGAACAGGAGGAGAUGGAUGGGCAGAGCCGGCGGAGGGAAAUGUGGAUGAGAAGUGGGGAGAGAGAGAGUGGCGAAAAAGGGCUCUCAGGGAGUGAAGAGGACCAGCAAAACUAGCUGGUCAGAGAGACUUCGGAGAGAGAGACUGGGGAGGUAACCUUUUAGAGGAAGCAAACCAAGACCAGGGAACCAUCCUCUCAUGAUGAGGAUAUUAAGACUGGGUGGUUGUUGUUGUCGGGGGCAUGUCCACUACCUGGUCCAGCAAGACUGUAAUUUAAAAAGAAAAGAGAAAGAGGGAGAUUGUAGAGAGAAAUCACUGCAGGUCCCAAAGAAGAGGGACCGUGCCUGGAGAAUAAAACGAGGAACGGAGGAAAUAGGACCAAGGGCAAAGAGAGCUGGACUGAUUCAAAGCCAUUGAUAAACAGUAUUUGGGCAAGUUGAAUUUUAUAUCCAAACUGGAUCUUGUUUAAUUUGGUAUAUCUAUGUAAUUGAUGUAAAGAAGCAACGAUAAUCCCGCUAGCAGCAGGGCCACAUGUAAAUUAGAAAAAUUGAUAAAUAAAGGACAUUGUAAACUUGACUUGAAAGGCGUCAGGCUAUCAUUGUGAGUUGAAGAUCAACCCAUUGUACAUCUUGCAAGGAAAACUAAAAAGGGAGAGUACAGGUGCAUUCCUUGGGCUCCUCUUCCUCAUGACAGAUUGCCAGCUACUAUGAUGGUAGAUAAUAAUUAACAACUCCUGACUUAUAACACCGUGGAUCAACAACGAUGUGGCAGGCAAGAGUUGGUAAAUACCGUUAUAGACAGGUGGUGCAAUCUGAUAUACGGAAGACUAGGAGAACACACCGGGUCAGAUGUGACCUCCCCCCCCCCCGACCAAUGUACAUGUUUAUAAUGCAAUUUGAAAAGCAAACAUAAUUUUCUAAUCAACAUUAGUGCAUUAGUUUUGGAAGUAUUUCCAAAAAUCUGUUGUGAUCUCAUUUUUGUAUUGUUUGUAUUAAAGGAAUUUGAAUGCUUCUUUCAGUAUUUGAGGCAUCUUUUUACAACACAUCAGGAUAAUCUGUUAAAAAUUCAUUAAAGUGCAGUGGUUCACUUGACUCAGUGUUCCUAAAAUGUCAUUGUGGAACAUAAACUUUUUAUAUAUAAUUCAUAGUUUUUCUAGACAAAAAUAUUUUUGUACAUACACAGUUGUUUCCCUUUAUUAUAAUGCAAAAUGUUUUAGAACAGAAAACUGAUUGGUAGUCAUCAAACCUGGUACAGUAGUUAGGGGUGUGACAUGCAUGAUACCAGCUGAAAUAAAUAGAAACUACAGGUAUAGAGAAAGUUUGGCCCUAUUAUCUUUGAAUUUUCUCUUUCCUGCCUUAAAUGUCACUUUUGGCAAAAAAUACGUACUUCAAGAGCAAGAUAAAUUACUUUCAGAAAGCGAUUUUGUUACUAUAGUCCAAGACUAAAUUCUGAACUGACAUUACACCAUCAAUUUGAGAUGUAUUCAAACAUAUUAUAUCAAAAAGAGAAAGUUUUCUUCCAGCAGUCCAGGGUGUUCCUAUUAAAAUUAAUUUAGUGCCGAGAUGAAGUUGCACAGAACUAGGGAAUGAAAUUCUUUCCCUUUAGAACAGGCACUAAUUCACUGAAGAUAAGUUAAUUUUUGCAGUCACCUAUCUAGCUGCAGAGGCCACCUGUUGGAGCAGAGAAAUAGUUCAGUGCCCAUAUCCACUUAGUCUUUAACCUUUCCUUUGACUGUCUCCAGCAGGUGCCAGCUGUAAUAAUUUUUCUGCUGAAAAAUGAAUCUUCACAAAUACUUCAAGUUAAAUCUCGCUGCUAUUUCAUUAAACAGCUUGCAUGUGGUUGGUUAACUAAGGAUAGUACCUGGUCCAACAAAAUUAAUUGAUAAUAAUAAAAAAAAAAUCUAACACCCCCCCCCCCC